AUGAAGAACAGCAUUAUGUUUGGAGGAAUCUCUUUUAAUUGUGGUGAUCGUUACAAAUUGAUAAAAUUAGUUGGAACAGGUGCCUAUGGUUCAGUAGUCCUGGCAUUUGACUUGUAAAACAAAAAUCAUAAAGUAGCAAUCAAAAAAUUAAAUUUAAUAGAAGAUGUAAUUGAUGCAAAGAGAAUCUUAAGAGAAAUCAAAAUCUAAAGAUCAAUGAAUCAUCAUAAUAUUCUCAAGAUUUAUGAUAUAAUAUAUGAUUAGAAAUCUGAAUUCUUCGGAGACAUAUAUAUUGUGAGCCAAUACUUUCCAGCAGAUUUACAUAAAAUAAUAAAAAGCAAUCAAGAUUUGUCAGUUGAGCAUGUUUAAUUCAUAAUGUAUCAAUUAUGCAAAGGACUUUACUAUUUGCAUUCUUCAGGUUCAAUUCAUAGAGACAUAAAGCCUGGAAAUAUAUUGGCAAACGAGAAUUGUGAAGUCUGUUAUUGUGAUUUUGGAUUUGCUCGAAAAAAAGAUGAAAUACAAGAUCAAAUAGAUGAAAAUAUGACUGAAUAUGUUGUAACUCGACAUUAUAGAGCUCCUGAAAUCAUGUUAUCUAGUUAGCAAUACUCUCAACCAGUUGACAUAUGGUCAUUGGGAUGUACAUUUGCAGAAUUGAUGACAAGAAAGAUAUUAUUCAACGCUCCCAAUUAUAUUUAAAUGAUAAAGAUGUUUUUUGAUAUUUUAGGUCGACCCUCAGAUGAAGAAUUAAAUUAAUUAGUAACUAAUGAGAAUGCAUUGUCUUUCAUAGAGACUCUGCCUCAUAAACCAAAACAACCAGCCUCAAAGAGUGUCCCAUUUCCUGAUGCCAAAGCAAGAGAUUUAUUAGAUUAGAUGUUAGAAAUGAAUCCCAAGAAUAGAAUUACUGCAUAAAAAUGUUUAGAACAUCCCUUCUUUGAGUCUAUUAGAAAUUAAGUCGAAGAGAUUACAUUCACAGGCAAUCUUGAGUGCGAUUUUGAGAAUGAUGACACCAUCACAUUAGAAACCUUGAAACACUUGAUCCUGGUUGAGAUCAAUCACAUUAAAGCCAAAAAUAAGAAAGAAUUGAUUAAUAUCGAAGAAGAAAUGAAAAGAAUAGGAAUCAUUUAAUAAUAACAUUAAUGA